CCUAGGAUAAGAUAAUUGAAUGAAUAUCCUCAAUAUCCUGCGCUGGCGGGUUUUUGUAGUGUAAUUUGUACAAGUGCAGGGUGCACUCAAUAAAAUACAAUAAGGAUUAAGGUUAAGGAAGAGGAAAAUUGUGGAUCAUCCUGAAAAUAUUUAGAGAAGAGAUUAUCAGACAGUAAUACUACGUACGUGCGUGCAGUUAGUAUACUGUUACUAGAAAUGGAUUUUAAAAUGAAUGAAUAUACCCAUGCACUGGUUGGUAAAAUAACCACUGGGCUCCAAGGAUUCGGCAAGGAUGUGGAUCCCAAAGAUGUACGGCGCCAGCACGAUUGCUUCGUACGACUAUUGAAAGAACUGAAUAUAGAAGUGAUUGAAUUAAAUCUUGAAGGAACAAUCACAGAAAAUAUUUUCCUUGACGAUGUGGCAGUGAUUUGUCAUGGAAUAGCCUUGUUGCUUAAGCCGCGAAACGAAGCUGAGGCGCGUAAUUUUAAGAUUUUGAAAGAAGUGCUCAAGAAAGACCUGGGACAGAGUAUAGUGGAGCAAGAUGAAUCUGAUGCGGUCAUUUGUGGAUCAGAUGUCCUUUUCACUGGUCGAGAAUUUUUUGUGGGUAUUUGUAAAACUACCAAUGAGGCUGGAGCUAGUUUGCUGGCCGAAACAUUUCCCGAGUUUCCAUGUACUCCGAUAAAGAUGUCCAAAGGAGCUGAACAUCUCAAAAAGUAUAUAACCGUUGCCGGCGAUGACGUGCUUUGCGUGGGCGCGAGCCAGGAAGCAAAAGAGCUGCUGAAGAGAAUGGAACGGGAGGCUAAUUUUUCGUAUCAAACACUGUCAGUCCCAGAAGACGAGGCUGCAAACUGUCUUUACGUUAACGGAACGCUCGUGCACAGGGCCAUUGAGGAGAUCCCUGAAGCGUUCAAGGUGUUCUGUGAGAAAAUUGAUUUUGCUCGACGUUCUAUAUGCCUCUCGGAACUGGCCAAACUAAAAGCCGAUCUCAGUUCCUGCUCGUUAUUGGUGAGGAAAUUCUAAACUAAUGAUGCAAUAUUACUAUCAUAUAAAGGCAAUUCCACAAUGUCUAUGUGUUCAGUGGUAUAAGAUGCUUCCAAACUUGCUACGGAAACCGAUUACAUUGAAAGUAAAGAGUUGUAAUCUAAAAUAUUAUUUAAUUAGCUUCGCGUUAUUUUAUUUAUCAGAAUCACCAUUGCUUAAAGCAAAAUGGUGUAUCUUUAUUAAUUAAUGUAAAUUUGUUUCAAUUCGAAUUUAUUAGUAAUUGACUCUUUCUCUAUUGUCAUAUAUUUCUAAUAUUUACUAUUCAACAGCAUGUUAUUAAUUAUAAAUAAUACUUAAUAAUGAUUCGCGAUGUAAUUUUGGAAAUAUUAUUCAAUUUUGUCGAUUUGGUUUUUAUAAUGUAUGUUUCUUGUUUUGUAAACUCACACAUGUAAUGUUCUGAAUGUAUCAGAACCUAUUUUACUUAAUAACUUGAAUCUCCAUAGACACUGAUAAAUUAUUAUUGUAAUUCGAUAUUUUAAUCAAAGUGAUAUUAUUACUACGAAGCUUCUUCAAUAAAAGUACAAGAUUUAUAAUAAUAAUAAUUAUUAAAAUAGUUUGUUGAUAUUAGUUUAUACCUGACUGAUUACAAUAUUUCUUAUACCUGUUAUUAAUGUUAUUAUACUAAUAUAAUAUAUCGUUUCCAUUGUAUCGGAAAAAUUAAGUAACCUUUGAGAUUUUAUACUGUGUUUUAUAUAUUUAAGUGAAGUCUUAGAACUUAUAUAUAUUUCUAAUAGCAACAACCCGUACCUCAUUUACAUUCAUUCCUUAGUUUUGCAAGACUGAUUCUCGAAUAGUCCUUUUGGGAAGUAAUUUUUUUGUAGGUUGACCCAAUUAGAACGAAUGGAGCUAAUUUAUUUAAAAAUAAUUACUGUUUUAUACUUCGCGAUAUGUAACGUUGUAAUUGUCUUCGCUGCCAAUUCAAAGAUCAAAUUAUAUUCAUCAAACUCACAGUUAAUAACACAACAUUAAUAAUAUUAACAGACCUGUGUAAUUAUUGGUUUUCCAUUCAACGAAAACGAGACUUGAAAAUAAUUAUAGAACAUUUAUAAACGCACACAUUGGUGUAAACAUAUUAUGUGUAUUAAUUCAAAAUGUGUUAAAAUUAGUCAAAAACAAAUUAAAUUCGUCAUCAAGUUUAUCCAACAGAUGACGCUACUGUGUCGUUAAUUUAUCUAUGGUUUCAACUUUUUUUUUUUACCUAAUCCUUGGUGGUCUAAGCGGCAAUACCAACUACGCAUUUACUGAGUCUUAACAAUCUUAAAGUGUAAACAAUAAUUAAUUAGCAAGAAAAUCUUAACUCUGUGAUAGCAUUUCCUUGACUUCAAAGUA